AUGCGUGCUCUGGUGGUUUUGCCUCUGCUGUUGUGUGCAGUGGUGUGCGUGGUCCAGGUGAGAGCAGAGGUGAAGGCAGUGAAGCUAUGCGGUCGAGAGUUCCUGAGGGCCGUCGUUUACACCUGCGGGGGCUCCCGUUGGAGGAGAGUCCUCAGUGAGUCAGACAUGGACGGUUUGCCCACAGGAGAGCAGGGCAGUUUGGAGAGCCUGAGCGGCAGCACCCCGGGCUCCGAGUUGACCAAACGGGAUAUGAAUAACAUGCUGACCACCUUGUGCUGCCAGGUGGGUUGCAGGAAGAGCGACCUCACCUUCCUCUGCUGA